AAGAGAAUGUUCUGAGUACCUCCAAAAAGCCCUAGGACCUUCAUCUGGGCCAGGCUACCCUUCGUGCAGAUCGAACAGCAGUUCCCGCCCCGCGGUAUCCACUCCCAUCUCUGUAAUUGUCGAAAGAGGCAGGAAGGAUUCUCUGGGCAAAAUCACACCAUCGCUCUUCACAGGAAAUUCAUCCCUAUUUGACCAUGAACUUGCCGAUCGCGCCGUCCAACGCCCGUCCAUACGAUGCAAUUGCCUGAACGUUUUCAUUUCUCAUGUAUUCUCACUGUCGCCUACGCCCGCUUCAUAUUGUUUGCUGUCAUACCGAGUGGGUACUUGCGUUCGCGCCAUAUCGCACAAUCGACCUGCAACGAGAAUUUUUUCCAUGUCGCACUCAAUGUAACCUCACCAAACAGCUACGUAUAUAGGUUCUUGUCCAAAGAGUAGGUCUCUGUAGCUCCUCUAUUAUCGCGGCUAUCGACCUUUCCCAAAAUGUCUAGUUCGACCAACUCCGAAGUGGCCGAGAGCCAUGAGGAGCAUCCCAUCAUCGAGAACAAGAGAUGGUAUCGCUCAAGCAUGUUCAAUGCCUGUGUCAUUGGUAUGGUUGGAUUCAUGGCUCCAGGUCUAUGGAACGCCAUGAACUCGCUCGGCGCUGGCGGUCAACAAUCACCUUUCUUGGUCAACGCCGCAAAUGCCUUGGUCUUCGGACUGAUGGGUUUCUUCUGCUUGUUUGGUGGUCCAAUCGCCAAUCGUAUAGGCCUCAAGUGGACACUAGUCCUUGGUGCAGUGGGCUAUCCAGUCUACAGCGCUGGUCUGUAUACGAACAAUAGAUAUGGAAACGUAUGGUUUGUAUUGGUUGGCGCUGUUGCAUGUGGUGUCUCAGCUGGUCUCUUCUGGGCUUCGGAAGGAGCUGUUGCUCUGGGUUAUCCGCCACCGGCCAAGCGUGGUCAAUAUAUGAAUAUUUGGCUUGUGUUUAGAACAGGAGGUCCCAUCUUGGGAGGUGCUAUCCUUCUCGGCCUCAACCACUCUCCCGAUCAGAAGACCAAAGGCAAAGUUGGCUAUCAGACCUACCUUGUUUUCAUCGCUUUGCAAUGUCUUGCUGUACCCGUUGGCCUGUUACUGUCACCGCCCGAGAAGGUACAACGCUCUGAUGGCAGCAAAGUCAAGAUCGUGCAAGAGAAAUCAUUCGCUGCUGAGAUGCGUGCUCUCAUUGCAGCCUCCAAGAGACGUGACAUCCUUCUCUUGCUCCCAGUUUUCUGGGCCGCCUACUUCAACCAGUACUCAGGAAACUUUCAGACCUAUUACUUCGGCCUUCGUGCAAGAUGUCUGAUCGGUUUCCUGACCAAUUUUAGUGGUAUUAUAUCCUCAUUCAUUGUCAGUACUCUGCUUGAUUACAAGCCAUGGCCUGUGAAGAAGAGAUUGAACAUCUGCUUCUUCUAUGUGCUUUUCUGGCACCUACUUGCGUGGUCGUACGGCUGGGCGAUCCAGGAGAAGUACACCAAGAACGAACCCGUCUGGGAUUGGACCGACCCUGGUUUCGUUGAAGGUUUCUUCGUACUGGUAUUCUGGGGCUUUGCCCAGCAGUCUCUUCAGAACUUCCUCUACUACUUCUUGUCUACCAAGACGGACAACAUCUCUGAGCUCUCACGGUUUUCUGGUAUUCUUCGCGGUCAGGAGAGCUUCUCUCAGGCCGUGUCAUUCGGUAUUAAUACCAAGAACUGGAAGGGUGGAAGAGUUCCUCUUGCAGUCAACACUGUUUUACUUGGUCUUGCUGUUGUCCCUACCUGGAUCGCACUGCAAGAGCACACCCCUAUCGAGGGGCCUAAGAAGUAUGACGAUGCAACUGAGAUGUCUGAUGAGCUUCCCUCUCAGGAGGACAAGAAGAAGUACUCUGUCAGACAGACGGCCACGGAAGUGUAAAGACCUCGGAGUCAAGUAUAUAGAGUCACAGGUUCAGUGAACGAACAGAAAGUAAUGUCAAAUCAAUCGAUUGUUGAUGUUUGAUGAAGGACGGCUCAGGCCCUUCUUGCCUAGAGCGUUGCGAUGAUGCUGGGAAGUGGGUCAAAACGUUCGUUUGCGGGUCUCAUCGUCACGACUUGGCAUAGCCUGCUUUAUCUGACCAAUUGAACAUCACAUUACUGGAUGGUCAUCUCGCAGCUUUUUGACCAUAAUUAAG